AUGAGCAGAACAGGACUUACCACCGCCACUAAUCUUGACAUUAGCAACAUUUAUUAUGCCGUAGGUUACCAGUUACCACACCCCAACCCUCACACACCCCUGCCCUCUCACACCCCUUCCCUCUCACACCCCUACCCUCUCACACCCCUGCCCUCACACACCCCUACCCUCACACACCCCUUCCCUCACACACCCCUACCCUCUCACACCCCUUUCCUCACAGACCCCUACCCUCUCACACCCCAACCCUCACACACCCCUGCCCUCACACACCCCUACCCUCUCACACCCCAACCCUCACACACCCCUGCCCUCACACACCCCUACCCUCUCACACCCCAACCCUCACACACCCCUGCCCUCACACACCCCUACCCUCUCACACCCCUUCCCUCUCACACCCCUUCCCUCACACACCCCUACCCUCUCACACCCCUUCCCUCACACCCCCUACCCUCUCACACCCCUUCCCUCACACACCCCUGCCCUCACACACCCCUACCCUCACACACCCCUGCCCUCUCACACCCCUGCCCUCUCACACCCCUUCCCUCACACACCCCUUCCCACCCCUGCCCUCUCACACCCCUUCCCUCUCACACCCCUUCCUCACACCCCUACCCUCCACCCUCUCACACCCCUACCCUCUCACACCCCUUCCCUCACACACCCCUACCCUCUCACACCCCUUCCCUCCCUCACACACCCCUACCCUCUCACACCCCUACCCUCUCACACCCCUUCCCUCACACACCCCUACCCUCUCACACCCCUUCCCUCACACACCCCUGCCCUCUCACACCCCUACCCUCUCACACCCCUUCCCUCACACACCCAUACCCUCACACACCCCUGCCCUCUCACACCCCUUCCCUCACACACCCCUACCCUCUCACACCCCUGCCCUCUCACACCCCUUCCCUCACACACCCCUGCCCUCUCACACCCCUUCCCUCACACACCCAUACCCUCACACACCCCUGCCCUCUCACACCCCUGCCCUCUCACACCCCUUCCCUCACACACCCAUACCCUCACACACCCCUGCCCUCUCACACCCCUUCCCUCACACACCCCUACCCUCUCACACCCCUACCCUCUCACACCCCUGCCCUCUCACACCCCUUCCCUCACACACCCCUGCCCUCUCACACCCCUUCCCUCACACACCCAUACCCUCACACACCCCUGCCCUCUCACACCCCUGCCCUCUCACACCCCUGCCCUCUCACACCCCUGCCCUCUCACACCCCUUCCCUCACACACCCAUACCCUCACACACCCCUGCCCUCUCACACCCCUGCCCUCUCACACCCCUUCCCUCUCACACUUCAGUUCUAA